AUGUCCUCUUCCUCGGAUGUAGCCAUCAUAGGAAUCGCCUGUCGAUACCCUGGCGAGGCUAAAUCACCUCAAGGCUUUUAUGACAUGCUCAUGAGAGGUGAAGAUGCCUGGUCAGAGGUCCCGCUUUCCAGAUUCGACGUGAACGCAUUCCACCACCCAUCGAAAGGACGCCAAGGCAACACGGUUGCUCGUGGUGGCUACUUUUUAAAAGAAGACGUAUCGAAAUGGGACGCCCGCUUCUUUGCUUGCUCGCCAUUGGAGGCUCGUGCCAUGGAUCCGCAGCAGCGUUUACUGCUUGAAGUCGCCCAUGAGAGUCUUGAGAGUGCUGGAAUACCAAUAGAAGCUAUUGCAAACACAGAUACUGGUUGCUAUGUCGGUGCUUUUGGGUGCGACUACAAGACCAUAGUAGGCCGCGACAUUCGAGCAAAGCUGCCGUACUCUAUAUCGGGGUGUGCCUUGACAAUCUUAUCCAAUCGUGUUAGUUGGUUUUUCAACCUUCGUGGUCCGUCUUUAACCCUCGAUACGGCUUGCUCAAGUUCCAUGACGGCAUUGCAUCUUGCGUGCGAGGCAAUCACGUCUGAGUCGAACAACACAAGAUGCGCUCUUGUGGGAGGUACAAAUCUUCUUUUGGAUCCUGAUGAUUCUUGUUCGCUCAGUGCACUCGGCUUUCUGAGUCCCGACAGCCGAUGUUUCUCUUUUGACUCCCGUGCCAAUGGAUAUGCACGUGGUGACGGUAUAUGCAUGCUAGUCGUCAAGCAUAUCGACGAUGCCAUUAGGGAUGGCGACCCUAUUCGCGCUGUGAUACGGGGGUCGGGAAUCAAUUCAGAUGGCAGAACUGCUGGUAUUACGCUACCCAACGGAGAAGCUCAAGAACAGUUGAUUCGCAGAACAUAUCAGCUGGCAGGCCUUGAUUUUGCUGAUACGCAAUAUGUUGAGUUCCAUGGUACUGGUACGAAGGCUGGUGAUCCCAUCGAGAUGGGUGCCGUGACUCGAACAAUAGCGGGAAAGUCGAGGUCUACUCUAUAUGGAGGAUCUGUGAAAACCCAGGUUGGACACACAGAGGCCGCAGCUGGUCUUGCUGGGCUCGUAAAGUGUAUAUUAGCCAUGGAAAAUGGCAUCAUGCCGCCUCACUUGAACUUCUCAAACCCCAACCGCCGCUUACGCCUAAGCGACUGCAACGUCGUCCUCCCAACAUCACCACAGGCGUGGCCCGAAUGCAUGAUUAGACGAUGCUCUGUCAACAGCUUUGGGUUUGGUGGAACAAACGCGCAUGUUAUCAUUGACGAGGGGCGAGGUUAUCUGCUCCAUCGCAGUAACAACAAGCUUGUCACAAAUGGUGUUUCUCUCCACGGGCCAGCCGUCCAUGGAAAUCUUUGUCUUGAUGGGAUUCCUGAAACUGAACCAGCUCGAGUUUUUGUCCUUUCUGCCCCAGAUCGCGAUACGUUAGCACGUCAGCGACAAAGCUACGCCGGCUACCUAGCAGCAAAAGGCUCCAACCGACUACUUGCUGAUUUGUCCUACACCUUGGGAAAUCGCCGUUCCACCUUUCAGUGGCGCCAUGCUGUCACAGCUACAUCCGUUGCCGAUCUGGAGCGGUGCUGGAGAGACGACAGCUCUCAAGCGGUGUCAGCCAAGCCCAAGCCCCGAGUUCUUUUUGUGUUUACUGGUCAGGGAGCGCAGUGGUACGCGAUGGGCCGAGAGUUGAUAAAGUAUGACGUCUAUGCUUCUUCGAUCAGAGAGUCUGCAGCCUAUCUGAAAGAACUUGGCUGUUCGUGGGAUGCCUUGGAUGAACUCAUGUCCACAGAAGAGACAUCCAACGUUUACCUGCCCGAAUACUCUCAGCCUCUGUGCACAAUUCUUCAGAUUGCACUUGUGGAUUUGCUAGCACAUCUUGGAGUUAACCCAUCUGCCGUUGUCGGCCAUUCCUCUGGGGAAAUUGCCGGGGCGUACGCUGCAGAUGCGUUGGCAAAAGAUGACUGCCUCAAGAUUGCGUAUUACCGCGGCGUGGUAUCUAAAAAUGCCCAAGCUCAAUUUCCUGGAGGUGGAAUGAUGGCUGUCGGUUUAUCGGCUGAAAGCGUCGGACCGUAUCUGUCUGAGUCCAAGGACUUGGUGUCUAUUGGGUGUGUCAACAGUAUUACUAGCGUUACUCUGACCGGAGACAAAGCCGCGUUGCUUGCAUUGAAGAGAAAAUUGGACGCCGAAGAGAUAUUCUGCCGUCUGCUCGCUGUGGAGAAUGCAUACCACAGUAUGCAAAUGCAGGGAGUGAGCGAGGAGUACCGAAAGUGCAUCGGCGACUUCACCCCGCAGAGCCCUACAACGCCCAUCGCAUACUACUCUACGGUAUGUGGAAAGAUGAUAAGCAGUAGCCAACUUGGACCAGACUACUGGGUGCAAAAUCUAUGCAAGCCUGUGGAGUUUGUUGCUGCAUUAGAUGACAUCAUGUACGCGGACCCCGGCAAACAGUGGCUGAAGAGCGAAGACAUGUUGCCAAGCGUCGUGCUUGAGAUUGGCCCUCACUCGGCUUUGGGUGGUCCAAUUAAGCAAGUCAAAAUAGCUCGUGGGCUCCUACAAGGCAUGGAGUAUUACUCUAUUCUCUCGCGUGGGAGUGAUGCGUCGCACACAUUCGCCGCGACGAUUGGAUCUUUAUGGAUGCAUGGGGUAACAAUGGAUCUCGACAAGGUACGCUUUCUAUAA